AUGUUCCUCAUCGUUACGGCGACCGGAACCGCGUACACCGGCUCCCGUCGCCAGAACGUCAGCCAUCCCCGCGUCACCGUCGAGGACUUCAUGCCCAUGCCGAGGUGGUUCCCCUCCCCACCAUCCCUCGCCUUCCACCGCCACGAGGGCGCCUGGCUCGACGCCGCCUCCCAGCUCAACGCGUCCGGCAUCGCCGACACCGAGCGCAUGUGGCGGACCGAGGAGCGCUGCCGCCUCCUCGUGCUGCGCAGCUGCCCCGAGGUCGAGCAGCCCCGGGUGUUCCCGCUGCUCCAGGAGCUCUACCGCAAGCCCGUCCUCCCCGCCGGCCUCCUGCUGCCGGAGGACAGUCUGCGCGAGUCCGACGGCGACCACGGCGCCGGCGCCGGUGUAGGACCGAGAAAUGCGACCAGAGGGGGGGUGAAUGGGAGCCUUCGAAAAUUAUCGCGAUCAAAAACUUCGGCUCACAAUUCAAGAGUGCACCCCAACCCCAGAGUUCUAGGCGAUGUGCAGAGUAGCUACAAGGGAGUUACACUAACACAAAACAAGCCUAGGAACCAAAGCGAUCAAGUGCGGAAGCAAUUUCACGAAAGCAGUGCAAGAACCAAGCAAGGUAUAUAUCAUCGGUUGAUCCGACGCACACGUUUGAACGACGUCGGUUCAACCGGUGAUACAGAGCCUGCAGCAAACAACCAGUGAGCACCGGUUGAACCGACGCUGGGUUUUGAACCUCGUCGGUUAAACCGGUGAUCGAACGUCGGUUAAACCGACAAAAUCGCAAACUCACGUCGGUGCAGUUGUCCAGAGGAUCAACAAAAUGCACCAGACCAAGCAAUGAACACCGGUUAAACCGAUGCUAAAAAAAACUCGAGCGUCGGAGCAGUUGUCCAGAGAGACAACAAAACCAAAGUAAAUGAACGCCGGUUGAUCCGACGUAGGCAAAACCCUAUACGUCGGUCAAACGCCCAAAACUGCGAACCAAAAAAGUACCGCCGGUUAAACCGACGUCGGGGAGAUCAAAGCACCGGUGCAAUCACACAUAAACCCCAAAAACCCUAACCCGUGACAAAAGCACUCACCGGUUGAUCCGACGCUCAGGAACGCCAGCGUCGGUUCAACCGGCGUUAAGGAAAAAUCCUGCCCGAGCGGAGCAGAGUUUUUCCAGCCCGCGACCUGAGAGAGAUUUGACGUUUGAAAGCCCAAAUCAAGUCGAAAUCUAACCAAAUUUCGCAGGCACGCUCACAAAGACCUUGUGAACCUACCCACCAAAGGAAUCGACGAUCCACUCCAUGGAUUGUGAGGAAUCGACGAAGAACGAGGCAAGAACGGGGUUUUCAGAAUUUUCCUAAAACUGAGUUCUUGAAGGCUCGCGAUCUAGAUGGAUUCUAGCACUUGGUUAGGAUGAUUCUAGUCGCCAAGAAAAACCUUAAGAACCACAGCAACAAGUAGUAGAAACACCAGAACAAGGAAAUCAAGAACUAGGAUGAUUCAUGCAUGUAGAGCUCAGAUGAACAUGAAACGAACCUUGAUUUCAAAGCCCCGAGGGCACAAGGAGGGAUGGGCCUCCUUUCCCACAAGAUCUCCUUACAAGUUCUUCAAAAAUCCAUUGCAAGAAUCCUAGAGAUGGAAGGGGAGAAGAAGAACUUGAGAGAGAGAGAGCUGGGAGGAGGUGGCGCCUGGCUCUCUUCUUCUGUUAUGUCCAGCGCCAGAGCCACCCAGAGAGGGGCGCCUUCCUUUUUACUAGCCAGGCCAGCUGCCCUCCCACUUUUCCUUUCUCUCCAAGCCAUCCUCUAAUGACUAGACUACCCCUAAGUGCUGAAAUUAAACUACAAGGCCCUUAGGGGCAAAACUGGAAAAGAUACAUUGAAGAUCAUCCGACGGCUGCGACGACUUGGAGUAGUUUGCUUCGACCCGACGCAAUCUUCCCGAUGUCGCCACGCGUCCUUCUGGAAU